CUGGGCAAUUCUGCUAUGUUGCACAGUAUUUUUACACUGGAUUCAAAGAAUACGAUUACAGCGAUACAUAGUUGAAUGUUGGAGAAUUUCAAGAUGAAUAACUACUGCCACUGUGGGUCAGGCGCCAGUUCUCGAAUUUCCAAUUUUGUUAUAAGACUCGCCAUAAUCUACACGUUUGAGGUAGCUGUUGCCAUGAGCCAAUCUGUCAUGAUGGUCAACGACGCUCAGGGAGGUUUUGUUUAUAAAGAAUUCCAAGAUCCAGAAAGGGACCGUUUGCUUUAUGGACACUUCCCGCCCAAUUUCACGUGGGCAACCGCAACCGCGGCAUAUCAAGUAGAAGGAGCCUGGGACGAGGAUGGCAAAGGACCCAGUAUCUGGGACACAUACAGCCACCAAGAUGGCCGUAUAUAUAACAACCAUAACGGCGACGUCGCUUGUGAUAGUUAUCACAAAAUAAACGAAGAUGUUGAGAUGCUCAAAUCACUGAACGUUACGCACUAUCGCUUCUCAAUUUCUUGGCCGAGAGUCUUCCCAGAAGGUGUCCCUAGUAUGAAAAACAUGAACGAAAAGGGGAUGCAGUACUAUCAAGAUUUAGUUAAUGCGCUGAUAGCUGCCAACAUAGAACCCAUGGUAACCCUUUAUCAUUGGGAUCUCCCUCAAACAUUUCAAGAUACAGGCGGAUGGGAGAACGAUAUAGUCGCCGUAUAUUUUGCGCAGUAUGCAGACCUUUGCUUUAAGCAACUCGGCGACAGAGUUAAACUUUGGAUCACGUUUAAUGAACCGAAAGUAGUGGCGAGUGGUUAUGGGGGCGCUCGUAAAGCCCCGGGACUGGGACACCAGAGUACCGGCGUAUAUCGCGUUACGCAUAAUAUAUUGAAAGCACAUGCCAAAGCUUGGCACGUGUACGACGACAAAUAUAGAAAAAACCAAGGCGGGCAAGUUGGGAUUACUUUAAACUGCGAUUGGGCGAUUCCAGCUUCAGAAAGUGAAGCUGACCGCGACGCCGCAGAUCGAGCUCUUCAGUUCGGACUUGGGUGGUUUGCUCACCCAAUAUUCGUCGGUGACUACCCGGAUGUAAUGAAAAAGCAAGUGCUCGAGAAGAGCCGCGCACAGGGACUGACGUCAUCACGACUCCCUAUCUUCAACGAAGACGAAAUCAACACGAUUCGCGGAACUGCUGAUUUCCUUGGAUUGAAUCACUACACCAGUCAGAUGAUUGCCCACCACAAUUCCGAACUCAUGCCAUCGAGUUAUUCUUCUGAUCAAGACAUACUGGGAUGGCAUGAUGAGAACUGGCCCAAGUGUGGUGUAAGUUGGCUGAGACCAGUGCCUUGGGGGAUUCGACAGCUUUUAAAAUGGAUAAAGGAAGAAUACGGAGACCCUGCUGUAUUCAUCACGGAAAGUGGCAUUGCUGAGAAAAGUGACGUAGAACCUAUGCUGAACGACACUUGGAGAAUGCAGUACUACACAGCUUAUAUAAACGAAGUGUUGAAAGCUUACAUAUUGGAUGACGUAGAUGUGCGGGGAUACACAGCCUGGUCGCUGAUGGACAAUUUUGAAUGGGCGGAUGGAUACCUUUCGAGAUUCGGUCUCCAUUACGUGGACUUCAAUGACCCAGCACGGCCACGGACACCGAAAGCAUCCGCUGAAAUAUUUGCCGAUAUAGUCCGAAAUAACGGUUUUCCAAAUCCGCAAAUACUAUCAAAAUCUUCUAAGUACCUUAGUAAGCUGUCCUCGUAUUUACUGUUUCCCUGACGGUUGCAUGGCGUCACCGCAUGGUGGCGCUCUCUCAUAUAGCAGACGAUGACGACAUAGUUCAUUUCACGAUACAACUCAACUUAUAUAUAUACAAUGUAUAUAUAACACCGAUGACGUCAUUUGAGUAAAUUAUUGCAGCAUACAUUUUGGUGUAACUUUUUUUCUACUAGAAUUUUUGCACAUUUGUAAUAUUUGAAAAUGUUAUAAUAAAUGCACCCAAGUGUGAUAUAUAUAAUAAUUUUCGCGAUUGGAAAAUCACAAUGAAAUUGAUUCAGUUAGUGCUUCUAUUAUUGGCUGGUGACGCGACUAUAUUAGUUGGCGGGAUUAUUAGGUGACGUGUGUUCCACUUUAUAAAUGAAAUCAGCCUCGUUCGCAAACUGAUGGGAAGACAGAAAUACUGAGAUAGAAAAAGAGAGAAAUGAUUUUCUAUGAAACGUAGAUGUAGUUUUAGUGGACUACGUCAGUUUGGUAUUCCACGUCACGGCACCAUGUGGUAUGUGGAUUAACUUACUGCCAUGGCGUGGAACAUCUUUCUAGAAUAUCUCUUUGUUGAUAUACUGAUUAAUAAAAUACAUAAAGACUAUGGGUUAUUUAAUGUCAUUACUGU